AUGGUUGGCGGCAACAUUUUUCACUGUAGAAAGAAUUCGUGGCCUCCUGAAGAGUAUAUCAAUAAAGCCACUUUACAGUUGUUUGAUUUAGACAGUGCUGCUCCGCCCGAACAUGCUUGGAGAAGGAGAUUAAAUAGCCAUGCCAAUCUUCUUAAAGAAUUUAGAGUAACUUUUAUGGAAGCUAUAAAGAUGGUUCGAUUAGGUAUUCGCAUGUGGUCAUAUGUUAGGGAAGAGGCUUCUCAUGGAAGGAAAGCACCUAUAGAUCCUUUCACUCGAGAAAGUUGCAAGCCAUCUGCAUCUCAAGGAGUUCCACUUGGAGGGAUGGGGAGUGGCAGCAUAUCAAGAGGAUUUAGAGGUGAGUUCAGACAAUGGCAAAUCAUUCCUGGUCUAUGCGAACCAUCACCUGUCAUGGCCAAUCAGUUCUCUAUUUUUGUAAGUAGAGAGGGAGGAAACAAAAGGUUUGCAUCAGUUUUGGCUCCUGGUCAGCAUGAAGGUUUAGGAUCUAGCAAGAAAGCUGACGAACAGGGUAUAUCAUCAUGGGGAUGGAAUCUUAAUGGCCAGCAUUCAACUUACCAUGCUUUGUUUCCAAGAGCUUGGACUGUUUAUGAUGGUGAGCCUGACCCAGAACUAAAAAUAUCAUGCCGGCAGAUAUCCCCUUUUGUACCACAUAAUUACAGGGAAAGCAGUCUACCUGCUGCUGUUUUUGUCUAUACGUUGGUAAACACCGGUAAGGAAAGAGCUAAAGUCAGCCUUUUAUUUACUUGGGCGAAUUCUAUUGGUGGAAUCUCUCACUUGUCAGGAGAUCAUGUGAAUGAACCAUUCAUAGCUGAAGAUGGCAUCUCCGGUGUACUUCUAUAUCACAAGACAGCAAAAGACAACCCUCCUGUUACUUUUGCUAUUGCUGCAUGUGAAACACAGAAUGUUAGUGUUUCUGUUUUACCAAAUUUUGGGCUGUCCGAUAGAAGUAGUAUAACGGCAAAAGGAAUGUGGUCUAAAAUGGUGAAGGAUGGGCAAUUUGACCGGGAAAAUUUUUCUUCUGGACCCACCAUGCCCUCAUCACCUGGAGAUACACUAUGUGCUGCUGUUUCAGCUUCCGCAUGGGUGGAACCCCAUGGAAAGUGUACUGUUGCAUUUAGUCUUGCUUGGUCAUCUCCUAAAGUAAAGUUUGUCAAAGGCAGCACUUUCCAAAGGAGAUAUACAAAAUUUUAUGGGACUUCUGAUAGAGCUGCAGUGGACUUGGCUCAUGAUGCAUUGACACAUUAUAAACGGUGGGAAGAAGAGAUUGAGAAAUGGCAGAAUCCUAUUCUUAAGGAUGAGAAGCUACCAGAAUGGUACAAGUUUACAUUAUUUAAUGAACUCUACUUUCUUGUUGCUGGAGGAACGAUUUGGAUUGACACUCCUUUGCAAUCUUCAAAUAUGAGGAAUAGUCAGGAUCAGGUCAAAGAGUCAGAAAAUGCAGUAGUCCAAUUAACUGAAGCUAAAGUAGACUGCAGAAAAAGGGAAACAGAUAGUACCAAUGAUUCUACUGUUUCGAGGGGGCAUAAUCACUUGGAUGAAAAUUAUAGAGAUAUAUCCCAUGAAAAUGGAUGUGUGAAUACUCUCAGAAAAGGAAACUCCACUAACACUCUGCCUUGUUCAACAAUGAAGAACCUGCAACAUGAUGAUGAUAAUGAUGAUGGUGGAAGGUUUUUGUACUUGGAAGGUGUGGAAUAUGUCAUGUGGUGCACAUAUGAUGUGCACUUCUAUGCUUCAUUCGCGCUUCUUAUGCUCUUUCCUCGUAUUGAAUUAAGUAUACAGCGGGAGUUUGCUCAAGCUGUUCUGUGCGAAGAUGGGAGAAAAGUGAAGUAUCUGGCAGAGGGAAACUGGGGAAUUCGUAAGGUUUAUGGGGCUGUCCCACAUGAUUUGGGGACACAUGAUCCGUGGCAUGAAAUGAAUGCUUAUAACAUUCAUGAUACUAGUAAGUGGAAGGACCUGAACCCAAAAUUUGUACUUCAGGUGUAUCGAGAUUUUUCUGCAACAGGUGAUUUGCAAUUUGGAGUUGAUGUGUGGCCUGCUGUCCGUGCUGCAAUGGAGUACAUGGAGCAAUUUGAUAGAGAUGCUGAUGGUCUUAUUGAGAAUGACGGUUUCCCUGAUCAGACAUAUGAUACAUGGACUGUCCAUGGUGUGAGUGCUUACUGUGGUGGUCUUUGGCUUGCUGCUCUUCAAGCUGCAGCUGCAAUGGCCAUUCAACUAGGUGACAAAGAUUUUGCUGAAACAUGCAAAAGGAAGUUUCUGAAGGCUAAACCAGUAUUUGAACAAAAGUUGUGGAAUGGUUCUUAUUUUAACUAUGACAGUGGAUCAAGUGGUAACAGUAAAUCCAUUCAAGCCGAUCAAUUGGCUGGGCAAUGGUAUACAGCAUCCUCAGGGCUGCCCUCUCUUUUUGAUGAUUUCAAAAUUAAAAGUUCCCUCCGGAAGGUUUAUGAUUUCAAUGUGAUGAAAGUUAAAGGUGGCAGGAUGGGUGCUGUAAAUGGCAUGCAUCCCAAUGGAAUGGAGGAGGAGGCCUUCACAACUGCUGAGGGUAUAUUUCUAUCAGGCUGGUCAGAAGAUGGAUACGGAUACUGGUUUCAGACUCCGGAAGCUUUGUCAAUUGAUGGGCACUAUCGGUCCCUCAUAUAUAUGAGGCCUCUGGCAAUUUGGGGCAUGCAAUAUGCAUUAAGUCUGCCAAAGGCAGUACUUGAGGCUCCUAAAAUGAACUUCAUGGACAGAAUCCACCUACCUCCUGUUAGUGGAGGAUUACACAACGAAACAGGUAACUUCUUCAAAUUGUUACGAACCCAACCCUCUCGUAGAGAAGCUGUUAAAAACGGAUGUCAAGGGAAGGUCGGGGUUCCGUUGUAA